AUGUUACACUGGGAAGGCGCAUGCACAACAUCGCCCUGCCCGCCUAUAGCUAUGUGGACAGGCAUGCAGGUACUCCACAAACCGCCAGUCCGGACAUGCAACCAAAGCGUCGAUGCCAUAGCGCGCGGAUCAAAAAUCGCGAGAGAGGUCCGACCGCGCAUGAUGCAUUUGCAGCGGACCCAGAGAUCAGAAUCUUUUGACUGCUUGCCUAAUGCAAUGUCGUGUGUGCUGUUCAUCUACAGAUUGUUUGACAGUCGUGAUAGUUGGGUCAGAGACGCGAGCGCGAGGUUAUUGGGUGGCGUACAUGGCCGCCGGGGUGGUUGCAGGCGUUUAUGCUUGAUGUUCGCAAAGGAGGCCGGAUCGUCGAAACCGCGUCAAAACCCAGCGGAACGGGAGCUUUGCCCUGCAGACGCGCACGAACGCGAUUGCGACACUCGUUGCAAUCUUCCGUUGCAGGGGUUAGAUGCCGAUAACUGUCAUACGGUAACGGCCGGCUUUUACGACGCUAAGAAGCUGGUAAUCGUGGUGGACUGUGAUGAAAACAAGCUGGUGUGCAGACCGAUGAUGCUGAGGAUCAGUGUGGAUACAGUACUACUGCCGGAAGACAUCCCGCCAGCACGCCUAACUGUGACAGGACAAACCUCUGGUGCCCCAGUAUCCUGCAUGGGAGAAAUGCGCGAUUGGAUGCCUAGACAUGCCUCUGAAUCCUUCGAGAAACCCUGA